GUCAGUCAGAAUUACUGCCAUUUUCCUAUUACCAUCAAAGAGUUCAACUUCAGUGAAGCGCAAUCUGGGAAAGAUCUUUGUGACAGCAAAACUGGUUCCUGUCGAAUGCAUGUGGCCCGAUAUCUGGAUGAAGGAAAUGAUGUUCUGUCUGCCUCAGACUUGAAGAGAGCUUUAGAAAGCAAUCAUGGAUUGAAAGGAACUAAAGCCUGUGUUAUCUCCAUUGACAAUGCAGAGGAACCAAAAAUAAAAUCCAAAAUCCCUCAAGUCAGCCUUCUGAACAACUUCGAAUUUAACAUGGAUUCAAUAAUUGGGAGAAAGGCAUACCAGGUUGGUUGUGGAAGACUCAUUGAGACAAAACCCCUGAAAAAUCAACAUCUUGAUGUGAGAGAAAUGAAAGGUUUCCAGGUUUUAGAAGAAUUUCCGUCACAUGCAGUUGAUACUGGACAAGUUUGUGUGAGAAAAAGAAACCCUAACAACAGAAGUGAAGCUGUCGAUGAGCAGGACCAGGAUCAGACACAACUGGAAAAUGAAUUGUAUGCCUGUCCAGAUCCCUCUUGUCAGAAACAAUAUCUGAGGUCUGCCAAUCUCGAGAAACAUCUUGCUCUGGGGAACCACCUGUACAGAAAAGCAGAGGAAACUGGGAUUGAUUCUGGAAUAAGAAUCUGGGCUGAGAAGUGUUCGGCCAUUCGCGACAAAUACACUCACAUCUGUGAGACAGUAACCUCUCACAGUGAUGAUACCUGUUCCCAAAGUUCAGGAGGGUGGGCAUUAAAAUCUGUAAGUAAAUGCCUCAGGUUCUCGCUAAAUGUAAAAGACUAUGUAAAGCAGAUUUUUGAAAACUGUGAGAAGACAGGAAAACGCCCUAACUACGCAGCCUUAAGUGGAGAACUUAAAAAAGCUUCCGAUGAAAAUGGUUGUCGCCUCUUCAGGCCACAUGAGUGGCUGACUGCAAAUCAGCUAAGAAACUUGUUUGCAUCUUACAUAAAUAAUAAGAAGAAACAGUGCAAAGUCAGAGAGGGACGUACAGAUUUUUCAGUUGAAUUAGUGGAUACAGAGAGCAUUGUGAAUGAUGAACAUCUCCAAGAAAUUGUCAUGAAUCUCAAGGCAGAAGAACAUCAUCAGACUUUAUCAGCUAUGUAUGAAAAUGUGUUGAAUGCUGUAAAUACAUAAUUUUGUGCAUCCAUGGCAACCUUUCUGAUAAAUUUGUAGGUGUGAAAAGUGAAUAUUUUGCAAAUUUAUUCAAAUAGUGUAAGAUAUUUCUCAAGAUACAAAUACCAAUUCCAGCAUUUCGUGAAAUGCACUUAGCAUAUGAAUAUUAUUAGCAUAUUUGUAUUUCCAAUUUAAACACUAGAUAUUUAAAAUUUUGUUUUGUUUGGUAACCAAUUGGUAAACAUUUCUAUGGUAGCUUUCAUGCUAUGUUAGUAAAAAUUGUUCUUUCAAGUUUUGUAUCUCCUUCACAACACAAAUAAUAGUUGCUUAAAGUCAGAUAUAUAUUUAUAUAUAUGUGUAUUAGCAAAGGUAACGAUCUAAAGUAUUCCCAUAGUAUUCGAAGUCUAGCUUGCCUGAAUAUGUCAGAAAAAUUGAAAAAAAAAUGUUUAUAAAAAAUUAUGUUUCCAUGGCAACAUUUGCAUAAUUUUCUUUGUUUUUGUACACCAAUGUUUAUUUGUAAACCAUUUUUAAUUUUAAAUGU